UGGCUCAGUGAGGGCUUGGUGCCCUGGAGCCUGGCAGGCCAUCACAGGCAUCUAUAAAAGCACACUGAUCCAGUCCUGUGCAUCUUGCCUUACUGCCUGUUGCUGCACGAUGCUGGGAGGCCUGGGGAAGCUGGCAGCCGAGGGCCUGGCCCACCGCACAGAGAAGGCCACUGAGGGAGCCGUUCAUGCUGUGGAGGAGGUGGUGAAGGAGGUGGUGGACCAUGCCAAGGAGGCUGGAGAAAAAGCCCUUACAGAUGCCUUAAAGAAAGCCCAGGAGUCAGGGGAAAGAGUGGUGAAGGAAGCCACAGAGAAGAUGACCAGUACAGUCACUGAUGCUGUCACCCAUGCUGUGGAAGGCCUGGGCAAACUGGGACAGUGAGCUUGCCUACCAUUGUGGCUGACCCUUCCUGAAUGUCAAAUAAAAGCCAUGAAAUGUG